AUUAUGGCGAAGUCAAUCGUUCUUUUCUCCUUGCUCGCACCUGCUCUCAGCGCAGUGUUGCCCAGAGGUCAAGAGGGUGACAAGUCCUCUAUGGCCAUUACUCAAUCGGCUGAAAAAGCUUCGACUACACAAGCAUCUUCUCAGACAUGGAACGACUGGGCUUCCAGUGCCCCGGCCGAAAAGUCAACCGUCGUCGUUGUAACAUCCAGCAAAGAGGUAGUCCCGUCUUCUUCCAAGCCUGAAGAAGGAAAGUCAACCCAAGCCUCCAGCUGGGCUGAUUGGCAGCAAUCUUCCUCUGCUGUCAAAACCAGCGAAGUACCAAAGGGCACGUCCGAAGUACCAAAGGGCACGUCGUCCUGGGCCGACUGGACUUCCACCCAUCCUGCCGAAAGUAAGACGACUCUUUCAACAGUCAGCAAAUCUCAGGAGUGGAAUGACUGGCAGAAGAGCUCCCAGGCAUCUUCCAAGCCUGUCGAAACUUCCUCUCAGUGGAACGACUGGGAGAAAAGUUCUCAGGUUCCUAAAUCUGUUGAGACCCCGGCGCCACAACAAUCUUCUCAAGGGUGGAAUGAUUGGCAAAAGUCGUCGUCCGAGGCACCUAAACCUGUCGAAACUUCCAAACCCGCCGUACCCGAACAGACUCAGAGCUGGAACGAUUGGCAACAGUCGUCCGAGGCUCCCAAGCCCGCCGAGACUUCCAAGCCUGCUGCUCCUGAACAGUCUCAAGGAUGGAAUGACUGGCAACAGUCGUCCGAGGCUUCCAAGCCAGUUCUGACUCCCGCUCCAGAGCAGACCAAGCCAUCAGCUCCGCAACAAUCUCAAGGCUGGAAUGACUGGCAGCAGACCUCCCAGGUUGACAAAGGCGUGGAGACAGCUGCUCCUCAAGGAGGCAGCAACUGGAACAAUUGGCAGAAGGAAUCCUGCGUCCCAACCACCAUCACCGUGACCGUGACCGAGACUGCUCCAGCGGCAGCUGAGAAAACCACAGGAUGGAACGACUGG